AUGAACAGGCACCUAGACGGGACAGCUCCACUGCCAAAAAUUUCUGCGCACACCAACAUAUGGGGCAUUGGCGCAAUAAUGUUUGAACUACUGACACAUGAGGCCGUCGUGUAUUAUUUGACUGAUGACGAGUGGACUGUCAAUGAGGCUUUUUUCGACAUUCCGAACGUCCGAACCCCAAGAUACAGCGGCGCUCUAACAGAGCUGAUAAAGCUUUGCCUAAUGCCAGAGCCAUGGGAUCGUCCGAGCAUCGAAGAGCUUGAACUCAAGAUCGGGGCAAAGUGUCAGCGCAUAAUGAACGAGUAUACUGCCAAUCCAAGCCUACAGAAACAAGAUCGACUUUACUACGCAGGUAGCGAGAUCAACCAAAUGCCGCCUGGGGACUGGAAUUACUGGAAUCCUGUUGUGAAGGAUGUGCCGAAGCCAUCGGACCUCCCAGAUCCAAAAGAACCUAAAAACCCUUUCACUGAAACCAUCAAAUAUCCACCUUUUCCCACAUCGGAACUAGAUGGCCCCGAGGAGGAAGGAGGAGAGGUGCAGGAAACCCGUGUCAAAUCCAGUGACGACGACGACGACGACGACGACGACAAGGAUAAUUGGAGAUAUGACGGCAAUGAUGAGGAUAUUUGGAGAGAUGACGAUGACGACGAUGAGGACACUCACCACGAAGCAUCCGAGGGCCCAAGAGUGGACGGCGUUGGAAAGCCCAUUGUUGUAUCGGACGGUACUUCAAGCGGUCGUAAUGGCAAUGACCUUAAAGAUCCGGUCGUUAUAUCUGACAGUGAUGAGGAGGAUGAAUUACACGAGAGGAGCGAGAGAAACGAGUUCAAUCGGGGUGAUGAAGUCGAUGAAGGAGAAGAAGACAACUGGGCAAAUGAGAAUAACGAGCGCAAUCCGGUCGUUAUAUCUGACAGCGAUGAAGAAGAUGAGUUAGACGAGAAGAGCGAGAGAAAAGAGGUCAAACAUGGUGAUGAGGGAGAAGAAGGCAGUUGGGCAAAUGAAAACAACGAGAGCAAUUGGGGCGAUGGGAGCGAGGACGAGAGUUCUUCCGAUGACAGCGACGCAAGGCGCCGGAUGGCUAUAAAGAAACCUCCAGGCACUUAA